AUGACAUCAACUUUGAGUGAUGAUGAUCUGAAAUCUGUUUUAGGAAAUACUAUAUCUUAUAAAAUAUAUGAAAAAUUUGAUAAAACAGAUGAUUCCGAUAAAUAUAAAAGCGAUUGUAGUGGUUUAGAAUCAACCCUAAAAUUAGAUAAUGAAGACACUACAAGUAAUUGUAAAAAGAUUGCAAGAAAUUUACACACAUUAGAUGAAUUAGCUAAAGAAGUAAAGUAUAGAGACAGGUGUUUACAUUACAAAUACUGGAUGUACAAUAAAAUAUUUAAAUUGGUUAAUUCAGAAAGUAACAAAGUCGAGGAAGUUAUUAAUUAUUUUCUUAAGUUACAUAAACAUGUUUCUGAAAAAUUAGAAAACUACAAGUGUCCCUUUAAUUUUUAUCGCACAAAUUUACAUGAAUUGAAUGAAUUUAAUGAAGAAAAAUAUUUGUAUGAAUAUUUUAAAUAUUAUCAUAUUAUUAAAGAUAAAAUUUCUUCGGAUGAUAUUGAAAAGGAAAAAUAUAAUAAUUAUCUCACCUAUAUUAAGAAAAUAUAUGAAAAUCAUAAAGAUGGUUACUGUUGUGAUUAUUAUGGUUUGAUUGGUGAUUGUUAUCAUUAUUUCAUAUGCGACCGAGAUUAUAAUCCGAAUAAUCUUUUGUGCAAAUUAAAGGAUGAUAAACGUGGAUCUAAUUGUGAUUUAGAGAAUCUAUCAGAAAGUGAAAAAAAAAAAAGGGAUUCUGAAGAUUCAAACUUUAAAGAGAUAAAACCAUAUUAUUUCAGUUGUAAGGAAAUAAAAAAUGAAGAUGACGUUCCAUUUUUAUCAUGCUUUGUAUUAAGAAAAGGGCCUAGGUUCUCUGAUCAAGUGACUAAAAAAGCACCUCCGGAAUCCCUAGAUAUAACGGGGGGUUACAUAAAACGAGCUAUAGAGAAAAUUGAAAAUGGUAAGUGUUCUGAAAUACCUAAUACUACUACUAAUAAUAAGUUUACGAAUUUUAAUUGUACAUCUACCUCAGAUGGUCAACCACGUGUAAACGAAUCUGAUGUAAAGGUCAAAGAAGAAUCAAGUAACCAGAACGUUCAAUUAGAGGAUACUAUGUCAUCUUCUCAAGAAGAUUCAAAGUUAUAUUUUAGAUGGAUGAUAGAUGAAGAGGUUCUGGGUUGUUCAAAUAACCCUUCAGAUAAGAUUAGGUAUAGACUUUGCAAACACUUAUCAGAUAUGCGAAGCAGAGGGGAAAUUGGAAAACUACAGCUUCCUCAGGUAACACAACAAGAUGUUAAAAUGUCAUUACCUUCUCAACCUUUAAAAGCGUCAACACAAUCAAAUGACUUUUCAUGUUAUCCAAAAGGAUCAGAAAUCUGUAAGAAUUUCGUAAAAUCUUUUACAUCAUAUUCAACUGAAGGAAUACCAUCAAUGGAGAGCGAUCAUUCAAAAAAAAGUAUGUCAUUACAAAUGGAUGCUGAAAAUAUAGAUGUUACGGAAAAUGAAUAUAAUGCACUGCCCGAUUCUUUAGAUUAUGCACCUGAAAUUUUAGAACAAACUGAUUCUAUACUGAACAACAGAAAAUUUCGUAUGUCCGUCGUAGCUUCAUUGAUAAUUGGAACAUUAAUAACCUUUUUUAUUUACUAUAAAGUAGGAAUAUAUUCUUUUUAA